AUGCCCGGACCUGCCGCGCAUAGCAUCCCGACUGUUUUGCCAUCCCUACAACCCACCGAGCUACUCGACCACGUCCUUGCGCUGCCGGCGCAUUGCAAUGGACAUGCGACACCUCCUAUCACUCUGAUUAUAUGUUCCACACGAGAAGCUUUUCUCGAAGACUUGCUUGCAUGCAUUCAAGAUGCGCAGCUUCAUCCCCAUCGUCCCGUCGCAGUCGAUUCCAAUCCCGAUCCCGAUCCCGAUCCCGAUCUCGAUCUCGAUCUCCAACAUGACUUUACCGCGUCGACUGCGCAACAUCCAGUGGAUCAACAGCGACAGCACCAGCACCAGCGCUCAGAAGACGAAAAAGCAAGACUACAAUCCCAGGUUCACCCGCUACUCAUUCCGAAACUGAGCACUCUCAAAGCAUCCCGCGCCGUCAAACUCGCAUUCUGUCCGAGCAUUGCGCAUCUACGCGCAUACUUGUCUACAUGGACCCUUGUGGCUUAUCGCGCGCAGGAACCCUCGGACAACGGUCUUGGUGCCGGGGCUGGCCCAGACGGACAGAGACACGGUGAACGUAACAGCGCGAGACUACUCAUAUACAACUCCGUGACCAUGCACCGCGACACGAGCGAGUAUUCUGUCCAGGGCCUGUCGCGGACGUUUGCUGCAGCCGUGGAAGCAGCUGCGCGGGCGAAGGCGCGGUUGGAGUUUGUCGAGCGGCCAGAUGUCGUCCAGACGUCGGACUUAGUGGAUCAGUCGACGGACGAGUCUUGGACCACACGACGGGAGCGGGAACGGGAAUGGGAAGGGAAUGAUCUGCUUCAUGCUGGAACUGAGAAUGAGACGGAGACUGGGACCGGGACCGGGACUGGGUAUGGUACUAGGACUGAGCACGACGUACACGGACAGGGACAGGGACAGAGUCACGUACAAAGGCACAUACACGAACAAGACUCCUCGCGAAAGCAAGAACGAAAAAGAAAGGAAGCAUGGGACGACCUAGUUCCCAUUCUCAACACAAACUUGCGGAAUCGCGCACCUGCAACAGCCUCAGAAUCUUGGACGACGACGACGACGACUAAUGAAGCUGAUCACGGACGGGGACUUCGCCUUCCGAUACGAAAAAUUAUCCAGCGGUGGUGUGUUUUCGAGACGUCUCUGUAG